AAAAUCCCCGGAAUUCAAGACAUGACACGAUAAACCUCCGAGAACCACCCGCGAUUCUCCCCGGUCGCCGGCGCCGCCCUCGACUCCGGCGAUUCCUCCGGCAGGAUGCCGUCCCCGUCCCUCCUCCUCCCGCUCCACCUGCCGCCACUCCCCCCGCGCUUCGCCUCCUCCCGGUACCCACCCCGCUUCCUCAGAGCCCCACCACAGCCGACCCCCGCGCCUCGCCUCGCCCUCCCCCGUCUCCGCCUACCCGCCGUGGCGGCUCGCGCCAGCGGCGGAAGAGAAACCCGAGUCGCGGAGGGAGACGGCAGGCGCGUCAUCCCCAUCGCGCGGUGCUACGAGGCGGGCCUCGCGCGGCUCGAGGUCACCGGCGCCGCGCGGCGGGAGCAGGCGGUCGCGGCCGCGGCGGCGGCCGACGGCGGCGUGGCGGCGGAGGCGCACCUAGGCGCUGGAUCCGAGGCCAUGGUCAUGGAGGCCUUCCUCCCUGGUCCUGGCGGCGCCGCGUCCACUCGACUGAUUUUGCAAGCCAAGGAAGUUCAAGAGAAGGCCAGCAAGAUAAAGAAAGACUAUGGCGAUGAUUUCUUCUCGGAAAACGAACCUGAUUCCGACAGUAUUUUGGCUAUGGCCCUUAAGCAAGUUGUAAUGGAGAAGCUCGCAAACUUUCGUCUAGAAGUCUUCUCUCCAGGUUCAGGGAGAGAUUUAGAAGAUUGGAGCAAACCCCGAAAGGUUCCUGUGGAUUUUAGCAUUAGUUCAUCAGAUGGAAAACUUCUAUCUGCUCUUGCUGAAGCCAUCUUCUCAUGUGUCAUUGAGGAUACCGAAAAGAAUUACCUCGGGGGCACUGCUGGUUUGUUUCAAAUCCGGAAGCCAAACUGCUCAUCCGAUUCCACUGUUUGUAUACACCGAAUUGCCGAGGCAGAAGUAGCAAAUAAUGCUAGGAGAUGCUUGGAGAGAUUUGAUCUUGCUAAGUCUUCUCAUGAAGUGGGCAAACCAAAGAGUGCAUGGUGGCCAGCCCCAAAAUACGGAAGCUUGGAGGAGAUUGGGGGUCCUGAUUUUGUUCUUUGGGCUCAUGAGUUCAUCCCUUCUUAUAAACUGCAAAUUAAUGCCGCAGCAUUCAAGAAUACAGAGCUUAAAGGCUGUCAUGAGUUAACAAAUAAUAGGCGGGAAGUUCUUGUAUCCCACUUCCAACUGGCGGAACUAGGGAAUGUUCUUGACAUGUAUUUUGAAGAUCAAUUCACAUUACCUGGCAAAACUUUUCAUUCCCACUGGAAUGCAGAACCAUCAAAGAUUAGAAAGAACAAUGGUUAUCUGAACAAGCUCUUUGCUUUUCUGGCUGGUAGCUCUGUUAUUCUUAUUGUUGGUGUCCUUGCUCAGUUAUUCUGGCCUCAGUCUCUUAAAGACAAAAGUUUGUUCAUGGGUAGUUCAUGCUCCUCCUCACCACAAAGAUAUUGUUCUGAUGUCCAUUCUCUGGAUAAUAGUGAGGUACGAGGUUAUUGCGUAUCUGUUGUCAAGAAAAUAAAAGAUUCAUGUGGUUGCCCUGGAGAUAUAGUGGUUGAUGAAAAUAUUGGAGCUUGGGUUGGAGAACUGCCUGACUGCUUCAAGGCCAUCAAUCUUGGCGAGUAUGCAGCUUCUGAUGAUGCUCGGGAUUCCCGUACUGUUAGCCAAGAAACUGAGAACUUAUUGGUGUCAAGUCCCACUGAGACGACUUCUCAUCUUGAACAAAAGGAUAAUACCCGGGAAAGUCUGCAGAAUAUUGCUAGUUUUCAGGUGGUGAUGUCAGAACAAGGUAAACUAGUGGGUUUUCAGCCAACCAGUCGCUUAGCUGUGAGCCAUUGGGCAAAUAACCCGUUAGCAGCACUGCUGUACGAGGGGCGGAAGCUUUCUCCAGCCUUUCUGGAGCCUAGGCUUAAACUAUGCUGUCCUGCUAAGGUUGUCCCAAUUGAAUUACUGAUGUCGGUAAAUUCAGAACCUUUUUUUGCUUUGGCGAGGCCUGUUCAAGAUCCAUGCUAAUGGAGGUUAUAUUGCUGACAUACCGAUAUCCUGGCAGUCGCAUCGUCAUAUCCGGAGCCUGCUGAUGCAAAACUCACACCCCUUCUGAGUUGCCUUGGCCUCAACCUUGGCUCACGGAAACCUGGAAUGGUCCUCCCUAUACCUAGCUUCUCCGCUGCACAGCCACAAAGCUGCACGUAAAUAUAUCAUACCGAACAACAGUGAACAUCACUAACCUUCUGACCAAAAACACCACCCAUUUAGCUGCACAGAGUCUCCACCAUCAUUUGCUUGCAACUCAAACCAUAAUUCCUCUGCACGGUUUGCUUUGAAACCCAGUUUUGCAUUGUGCAUGCCUGAUUUUACCCGUGCAGUGAAACAGAUACAAGGAAAAGCAGAGUGUGUGUCUGUACCGAGUAUGUCGGUGAUGAGCCGGCCAUUGCUGAACCGACCAGUGGGCCUUCCGCCGAGGAAGCUGGCGCCGUAUGGCAGGAAGUUGGCCCUCAUCACCGUCUGCAGCCGGUUGUUGUUCCCGGGGUCCACCGUCGAGUCCCCGAACACCAGCAUGGUCGUCCAGCCGGUGGCGCUGUAGUUGAGUGCCCUUCCAGGAGCCGGCGUUGGUGGCAGCGGCAGCGGCACCGCAGCCCACCCCGGUUCCUGCGGUGGCACCACUGUCCUUGGCGGCGUCGGCUCCUUCGGAGGCAACGGCGCUGGCCUCUGGUGAGGUGGAUCCGGCGUUUCAGGCUCCACUGGAUCGUCCUGCCUUGGCGGCAGGUGUGCACGCCUGGGGCGAGGCGGUGGUGGCGCUGCUGGUGCUGGCGUCUCAGGUUCCGGCGGUGGUGGCUGGGAACCUGGCAGCGGAGCCACCGGAGCAUCGGAUUCCUCCGGCGGGGGUGGCGACGGCAACAGUGGAAGCCCAGGCCAGGACGGGUUGUCCUCCUGCUCAUCCGGUGGUGACGGCUGGCUGUACCUCGGUGCGUCGUCGUCCUGCUCGUCUGGUGGCGGCAGCGCCGUGGACUGUGUGGCUACCGCCUUCCCCAGGGAUGGCUGCCAUGCGAUGAGGAGCAAUGCCACCGCGAGCACCGCCGCCAGUCUCCUCAUGGAUCGACCUUGUGCCAGCCUGGUAUGUAGUGUGCUAGCUUGGCAAGGAGCAAGUGUGCGCAGCCAUUGAUGCGUGUGCAUAUAUAUGCUCCCUGACUGGGAGCUCUGCUCAGUUGAGCAGAUCAGUGUGUGGUUUCCAAGACAGCUUGGUGCUAUGUAGGUGAGAAGUUGAAUAGUUUAAUUUGCGGCUGCUUUGUGUGACAUGAUUAGUUUUCAAAAGCAUCGCCUGAAUGUAACUUGUGUGAAUUUUUAAACCAGUGAGAUGGCUCACUUGUCACUGUCGCAGAAACUUCUGUAGACGAUGUACUGUGAUGAGUGCACUGUUCAUAUUUGAUGGACAUUAUAAGUUUAUACCAUGCAGAUUGAGCACCAGUUAUUUUA